CCACCAUCGAGGAACGCAUGGCAUCGAGAGACACCAAUCUGGUCUCCAUUGCAGAACACCAAGGCCGGCUCCUCAAACGGUGGGAGAUGUUGAAAGGGGUGGAGAAAGAAAUGGCAGAUAAAGGCAAGAGUUUAGAGCCCGCGGAGAAGCAACAACUAGCCCAGUACGCAUGGCGAUUCAAGACAUUGGAAGGAUUAGCGACCCAAAGAGCCGGUUGACCA